AUGGAAGAAAUACUGGAAUCAGAUGCCCCGAGUGAAACACGAACGAAUCAAUUUUCAUCUCACAAUUCUAGUUUUUGCAAUGGAAAACUCGUUCACGUCUUGAAAUUCAUCUUCUCUCUAUUGGUACCCAUUGUUCUCGCUAUUUUCACCAUUGUCGUUACUGUCCAGCAACAGAGCAUCGCUAAUCAACAACGAAGUGAAGAUAAACAAACUGCCAUGCAACAACGACAAUUAGAGAGGGACCUAGCCGAUGACAAAUAUCAAAACGAUAUUUUCGAGGCUUAUAUCAAAGACACGGGUGAUUUGUUGGAAGCUACUCAUGGGCAACUCACAUCAAGUUNACAAAUGGAAAUGAAGCAAUAUUAA